AUGGGUCGAUCGAGAUCAAGAAGUAAAUCGCCUAGGCGACAUCACAAAAGUAGUAAACACUCUCGAAAGAAAAGUCGUUCCAAAGACCGAUCGUCAUCAAGAAGUAGGAAUUCAAAACAUGUUGAGAAAUCUAAAGAACGUAGUUCAAAAUCCAGAAAACGGUCGCGGUCAGUAUCCUCAUCAAGUACAAGCGAUGCUUCCUAUGAUGGAAGUAGGAGAAAGAAAUCAAAAGGUCGCAGCAAAAUGGAUGAAGUUGAUCGGCUCGCCGAAAUGGAAAGGCAAAGACGUGUUAGAGAAGCAGAGCAAAAGGUUGUGGAAGAAGAGGCUGCAAAAAGAAUAGAAUUGCUAGUUAAGAAACGAGUGGAGGAAGAAUUAGAAAAACGUAAAGAAGAAAUUGAGCAAGAAGUGGCGAAAAGAGUGGAAGAAGCCAAACGCAAGAUGGAAACAGAAAUGAUGCAAGAGCUUGAGCGACAACGUGAACAACAACGACGAGAGGAAUUAGCGAGACAGGAAGAAGAAGCUCGUAAAAGAAAAGAGCUGGAGGAAAUCAUGGCAGAAAAUAACCGUAAGAUUGAAGAGGCACAGCGAAAGUUGGCUGAAGAAAGGUUAGCAAUGAUAGAAGAACAAAGAAAAAUGGAUGAAGAAAGACAGAAGUUGAAAAAAGAACAAGAAAAGAGAGUAAAAGAGGAGCAAAAGAAAAUUUUAGGCAAAAAUAAUUCAAGACCUAAGUUGUCUUUCUCAUUAAAACCACUAUCA